UGAGCCCACAGCCCACAGCGACGCGACCUAGUCACCAGUCACCAGGACGCGCCGCCGCUCGGCGCUUACCCAGUCUGCCGCCGCCGCUCCUUCUCAUCGGUAGUUCGGCGCUGACCGCCGGUGGCCGGAGGCCCGAAGCAACCGCCGCGACCCGCCGACCCGCCGAGCCGGACCAGACGGUCGCACUGCCGCUCAGGAGGAGCUCCUCUCGCCCGCGCCUCCGGUACCGACGGUCGACGCCCUCGUCUCCUCCGACCCUCCCCGCUCCCAGUGCCGGCCGUGGCCUCGGCCUCGUGCCAUGAUGGCGGAAGAGGACGUUGACUGGACACAGGUGUUUGAUCGGGUCAAAGGUUCAAUCUUUUCCAUCCAGUUUGCUCCGAAACAAGACCAGCUCGAAGAACUCAAAAUCCUGGCUGAUGAGGUCAAGACAGUAAAAGAUAAAGAAUCGCGGUACGACAAGGUCAGGAAUGGGCAUUCUUCUACUGGUUUUGCCUACUAUUCUAGACCAACCGGACUGCUAAUCAUGACAAGUGCACACGGUUUGAGCCAUCUCUUCAAUGCGUCUCGACCUUUGACACGAGAGACACUGGAUAUGAUGGACAUUACUGUCUUAUGUGAUCACCAGGAAGAAACUAUUCAGGAAGCUAGGUUGGUUAAUGCUGUCAGGAAGUACGGCACUGCAACAGUAGCUGGGGUUGAUUCAGGUGAAGAUACAAUUGUUCUGAGUGUUGAGAACAGCAGCCUCAAGAAUUACUCAGACGAUGGCGUAUGCGCCCAAGCACACCCUACCCUUGAGAUCUCUGCCAAAACUCCAAUAAAUCAUAGGCAGUGCAUGAUGGUGUCUUGGCCGUCCAAUAUGCCUAGAAUGGUCUCUAUAGGUACAACUGUUUCUUCAAGGGGGAUUGACAUGCCCGAUCCUUUGGGGUACAACAUGAAUGUAUUGGAAGUCGACAUGAGAACUGCUGAGAGCUCGUCCGGGGCGCCGCUGUUCAACUCAAACGGCGAGGUCAUUGGUAUUCUGCAAGGGAGACUGAGUCGGACCCGCUCGAUCUUCGUGGCGGUGUCACAUCUGCAUGGAUGGGUCCAAGCAGCUCAUGGCGCAUGAGUUAAAGCUGCAAAUCGUCGACCAAAAUAGAAUUUAGGCUCUAUUUAUCUUGGCAUGUAGUAAUUCUCUGUUAGUAACACUCAUUCCGUAUGUUAAGACAUUAAUUUAUGUCUCCUCUUGCCUUGGUUUGGCGGUUGGGUCGCCUGUGCUAGUGGCAAACAAAAAACUGUUAGUAAUAUGUAGCAUCCAUAAUUGCCAAUGGUAAGUGUAAGUCUCGGAAGUACAGUAUGACAAAA